AUGACGGAAGCAUUCAGAGAAACAACAGCUGAAUACACCUAUGAUGAACAUGCUUUUUCCUGCAAUAAGACUGACAUCCAAGAAUUCAGUAAAAUAUUUCUGCCAAUAUUUUACAUUGUCGUGUUUGCUCUUGGCCUCACGGGGAAUCUCAUGGUGGUUUUUGCCAUUGUGAAAGAAGGCAGUAGAAAAAGCAUCACUGACAUCUAUCUCCUGAACUUGGCUAUCUCAGACCUUCUCUUUGUGAUCUCCCUCCCUUUCUGGGCUUCCAACACGGUGCGUGGAUGGACUCUUGGGACCAUUCCAUGCACAGUUCUUUCCUCACUGUAUUACAUCGGUUUCUUUGGGGGCAUGUUCUUCAUCACUGUUAUCAGUAUCGACAGAUACUUGGCCAUUGUCCGGGCAACAUAUUCUCUGAAAUCCAGAACAGUGAAACAUGGCUGUCUUAUAAUCUGCGGAGUAUGGGCGAUAGCGCUUUUAGUUUCAGUGCCACAUUUUGUCUUUUCCCAGCUGAUAGAAAAUGAUUGCGCUUCUGUCUUCCCCCGGGAGCUGGAGAACAUCUGGCCAGUGUUCUGCAAUAUGGAGCUGAACAUCAUCGGCUUUUUCAUCCCGGUCUGUAUCAUAUGCUAUUGCUACUGUGGCAUUAUCAAAACCCUGCUGUCCUGCAAAAAUCAGAAAAAAGCACGAGCCAUAAAACUGAUCUUGGUUGUGGUGGUCAUGUUUCUUCUCUUUUGGUCCCCCUACAAUGCACUGAUUUUUCUAGAGACUUUAAAGCACUAUGAGCUAUUCACAAGUUGUGACCAAAUUAAAGCAUUGGACUAUGCCAUGCACCUGACCGAAACCAUUGCAUUCAGCCACUGUUGUCUCAAUCCUCUUAUCUAUGCUUUUGCUGGGGAAAAAUUCAGGAAAUACCUUCAUCGUGUCUGCUUCAAGUACUGUCCGUUCCUGUGUUUCUGUGGCCCAUGCAGUCGCUACCAGGUCACCUACUCAAGCAGCUAUGCAGAAAGCAUUGUGAACAGCAACAUAACCCUGAAUACCAGUGACCAGGAUGCCUCUGUCUUUGUCUAA